UAAUUCAAAAAUCGACGCCGGUCAGUCGAUGUAGUUUCUUUUCCUCUUUUAAACAAAAAAAGAAUGAACUCUCUACGACAAACCGCUAUUAAAAAUCUUGGGACGCACUUCAGGUGUAACUCUUAUACAGCGAAGACGCUAUGUUAAACGCUGUAUGAAAUAGUAGAUUUUAUGACUUCUAGGAAAAUGCCUGUAACUUUUCGAUGCAAGGUCAUACAGAGUUGUGCGAAGUCUUAUUUUGAUCAGAAACGUUCGCUCUACAAAUCUGUGUGUUUAGAAAAAUUUUAAUUGCAUAAGUAUCCAGGAAAAAAUCAUUAUUUGAAGACCCGUCUUUUCGAGGCUCUUAGAAAACUUGCUCAAAAUCCCGGAAAAACCACUUUUGUAACCAAAGCAAUACAGAUUCUGGAAGUAGACACUUUAGGCUAUCUUUCCAUGCGCGUAUCUCAAAAUCGAUUUUUUGACCGAAAGUCACCAUUUCUGAGGGGGUGGAGGGCCUUAAAAAAUACAGUUGUAAGUCAUUGUGAGUCAUUAGUAACUAUUAGUUCUGUGUUCCUAUUUCCAUAGCUCAACGUCUCUGAUCAAAUAUAUUUUUCGGUUUUAGAUUUCCGUCAUCAUCAGCUGUUCAGCUACUAAUUGAUUCUGGUGGUAUUGAUGUCAAUGCAGUAGAUUCAAGAAAAAAUAGUCCACUACAUUUAAUUGCGUCGUAUGAUCAAAUCAUUGAAAAUACCGAUGAACGUUUUCUUACUAUUCAGUUAAUCAUAAAAUUAUUUAAUGACACCGGAUGUCAUUCGGAUUUACCAAAUGAAGAUGGCAAUACACCAAUUCAAUGUGCACAUUCUGAUAUUAUAAAAAUAUUUAUGAAAAGUAGACAGAGAUUAAGUCUAAAAUGUUUAAUGGCAAAAAUGAUCAAAAAUUCAGAAAUCGAUUAUUAUCAACAUUUGCCAGAGAGAUUAUGCAUUUUUGUUGAAUUACAUUGA